UUUCUACCGCCACUAGACCCCUCACCAGAAAUCCCAUUUCCUGAGUCAGGUGUCUUGGCAAAACCGUUCGCUUCAGUCCCCGAAAGCCUCCAUGGCUUCGAACGCCUUUGUCCUGGUGAACCGAUCUUCCCAAAAGAAAUACCAACUUGGACGGCCUCUGACGCUCUUCUAUUGUGUGUCGUUCUCCCAUUCCUAGUGUUCGUCUGCGUCCACAAACGAUUCAUGGCCUUUUGUGCGGAGCAAGGCGACCUUUCCUGGAGCACGGUAUCAAAACUCCUAGAGGAGUCAUUUGUGCGUGACUUGGACGCCGCCUCGACUAGCGCAAAUCUGCGCGCAGUACGAGCUAUACGGAACUUUGUUGUCGCCAGUCCCAUGAACAAGCACCUCGUACUGAACAAUGAACUCCUACGGACGAGAAUCAUGUCUUCUACGGCAUUCUUCGCGCCAAAUUCGGAUAAGCCGGUUAGCUUGAAACGCGAACUUCUGAGUCUUUACUCCAGCUUCCUCCGUGAUACAUCUCGCUUUGGAGAAGAGAUGCUGGGACAAACAGAAUUCCUGCAGAACCUGCUUCAAUUGGUUGAGUCUGAACAGAGGGAGGAGGAGUAUAGCCUGCUGGAGGCUGUGUUACUCUUUCUGAAAACACUUUUUACUGCGGAUGACUUGGACAGCGACCUUGAGUCGACAGCGCCGGCAAGGACCGAAGUUGCUCGUGUGAGUUCUUCUGUCCUCUAA